AUGUCCGACUCUAACAGAAAAGAUUUCUCUACCAAGAUUGGUGAAAGUGUCAAGCCAGACUCCCAAAAAUCCUACACUGAAGCUGGUAAGGAGAAGGUCACCAAUGCUGCUGACAGAGUAGCUGGUGCCGUCCAACCAGAAUCUGACAAGGGUGUUGCCCAAGGUGUCCACGACUCUGCCAAGAAGGGUAAGAACGACGCUCAAGCCGACUCUUUCGCUGACACUGCUAAGGAAUACGUCGAUGCUGCCAAGGGUAAGUUGAAUGACGCUGUCGAAUACGUUUCUUCUUCUGUCAACGGUGGUGAACCAUCUAAGAAGUAA